AUGAGUUCCUAUUUUGUGAAUCCCACUUUCCCUGGGAGCCUGCCCAGCGGCCAGGACUCCUUCUUGGGCCAGCUGCCCCUCUACCCGGCCGGCUAUGACACGCUGAGGCCCUUCCCGGCCUCUUACGGGGCAUCGAGUCUUCCGGACAAGACAUACACCUCACCUUGUUUCUACCAACAGUCCAAUUCGGUCCUGGCCUGCAACCGGGCAUCCUACGAGUACGGGGCCUCAUGUUUCUAUUCUGAUAAGGACCUCAGUGGCGCCUCACCCUCGGGCAAUAGCAAGCAGAGGGGCCCCGGGGACUACCUGCACUUUUCUCCCGAGCAGCAGUACAAACCUGACAGCAGCAGCGUGCAGGGCAAAGCCCUCCAUGAGGAAGGCACCGACCGGAAGUACACGAGCCCUGUUUACCCCUGGAUGCAGCGGAUGAAUUCCUGUGCGGGUGCGGUGUAUGGGAGUCACGGGCGCAGAGGCCGCCAGACCUACACUCGCUACCAGACGCUGGAGCUCGAAAAGGAAUUCCACUUCAACCGCUACCUGACUCGGCGGCGCCGCAUCGAGAUCGCCAACGCGCUUUGCCUCACCGAGCGCCAGAUCAAGAUCUGGUUCCAGAAUCGGCGCAUGAAGUGGAAAAAGGAAAAUAAACUCAUCAAUUCCACACAACCCAGCGGGGAAGACUCUGAGUCCAAGGCGGGCGAGUAGACUGCAGGGCAGG